AUGGCGGAGGGAACCCACCCUAUGGACAUCGACGGCGCCGACCAAACCAACUCUUUCUCUACAAACCAAGAUAAGGGCAAAACUGUCAUUCUCGCCGGCAACCCUUCCCACGGCGGCAAGGCCUCUCUCUGGGUCGAAAAGUACCGUCCUCAAUCCCUCGACGACGUCGCUGCUCACCGUGACAUUGUCGACACCAUUGAUAAAUUGACCACUGAGAACAGAUUACCACAUCUUCUGUUGUAUGGUCCUCCUGGAACUGGCAAAACAUCAACUAUUCUCGCUGUUGCGAGAAAACUUUACGGUCCACAAUACCAUAAUAUGAUUUUGGAGCUCAAUGCUUCAGAUGAUAGAGGAAUUGAUGUUGUUAGACAGCAGAUUCAAGAUUUUGCUAGCACUCAGAGCUUAUCUUUUGGCGUCAAGCCUUCUGUAAAGUUGGUGUUGUUAGAUGAAGCAGAUGCCAUGACUAAGGACGCUCAAUUUGCAUUGCGUAGAGUAAUUGAGAAAUAUACAAAGAGCACUAGGUUUGCACUUAUCUGUAAUCAUGUAAACAAGAUUAUCCCAGCAUUGCAAUCGAGAUGCACUCGGUUUCGGUUUGCUCCUCUUGAUGCCGUACAUGUCUCUGAAAGACUGAAACAUGUUAUUAAUGCUGAAAGGCUUGAUGUUCAAGACAGUGGUUUGUCUGCUCUUGUUCGACUUAGUAAUGGUGAUAUGAGAAAGGCGUUGAAUAUUCUUCAGUCAACACACAUGGCCUCUCAGCAGAUAACAGAAGAAGCUGUUUACCUUUGCACUGGAAAUCCAUUGCCCAAAGACAUUGAGCAAAUAUCUUACUGGCUUCUAAAUGAACAAUAUUCAGAUAGCUUUAAAAGAAUUAAUGAUAUGAAAACAAGGAAAGGACUGGCCCUUGUUGAUAUUGUAAGGGAAGUGACAAUGUUUGUUUUUAAGAUUAAGAUGCCUCCAGCUGUCCGAGUGCAGUUGGUGAAUGAUUUGGCUGACAUAGAAUACAGAUUAAGUUUUGGGUGCAACGAUAAGCUUCAGCUUGGAUCAGUUGUUGCUUCAUUUACACGUGCUAGAUCUGCACUGGUUGCAGCUGCUGCUGCAUAA